AGCGUCGAUUUUCCCUGUCUCCCGCGUGGUCGGCGUCGACGUAUCCGAGUAGUUGUACGGACGAUGUCGUUACUUUACUGUAGGUAAGUCCGGUCGUCGGCGUAGAGACGAAGUAGAGUAGUGCCCGAUUUAGUUCCUCGAGAUCUUCUUGUUCCGGCUGCUUCAGAUGCGUCGCCAGUUGGCUCGCGCUGUAAGAUAGGUCAGGUCGGCAGGUUACUGCUGUGAAUAGUAGGCAGCCGAGCUUCUGCUGAUACUCCUGGAUUUGCUUCACGGGGAGUUUUGCGGAGGUGUCGUUGUUGUUCCUAUAGCGGUAGGGAGUCGUGACUGUAGUCGGUGUUAGUCCGAAUUUCUUCGCGACAACGCCUGCGUAUUUUCCAGCAUAUAGGUAGAACGUCGAGUUGUCUUCGACGACGUUCAGACCCAGGGACUGGGUCACGGUGUCAGACACCGUGAGUGUCAAGUCACUUCUCAGCUCCCCUUCGAGCCAGGUGGCGAUGUCGGUAGUGGAGCCGAUGUAGAGCAGGUCGUCGACGUAGACGAUGACUAGGAUAAAACCUCAUUCUUUCUGUAGUCGGUACAUGACUUGGUCGUGCGGCAGCUGUAGGAACCCGAUUCUGACGAGGCGGCCGUGAAGAUGCUGCUGCCAAAGCCGCGGAGCUUGCUUGAUCCCGUAGAGGGAUUUUAUCAGCUGGCAUACUUUUGCGAUGAAUCCGUGGGGCUGCUCGACGAAGAUCUCGGCGUCCACAGAGUCGUUGGCUCGCGCGGAGACGGCGGCGGCGGGUGCUGGACGGAGACCCAUAAGCCGAGUAUCUACAGUCCCGUGUUGUCACAGGAUCGAAUGUGUCGAGGAAAGGUUUGCUCAAUGUUGCACUAUCAAUCAGUACAAGAGUCCUGCAGAAAACUAUUUCCCACUCAAUGCGCCACUUGCCGUUCCUGACCCAAACAAAGAUGACACCCGAUCGCCUCUUGUUCGCACUUUGAGCACACCUUAACCUAUUCCCGACGGACGGGACGCCGCCUUUUCCCGCUAUGGCCGCUCGUCCCGCUGUCGCCGCAGCAGCGGCAGCAGCAACAGCCCAGGCAACUGCAGAGCGCCUGUCAAUCACAAGCAGAGAGGCGAGGGGGAUAGAGAAGGAAGGUGGAGAGGAGGAGAGGGGAGAAUUGGAGAAGGGCGGAACGAGGGAGUUUGAGGACGGGAGAGGGCUGACACGGGCCUUCAUUGCAUGCCAGCUGCUGCAGGGUCUGCCGGAAGCCCAACAGGAGGCCCACCUGCACAACCUCAUGUGCCGAUGCGUGCUACCAUCACUCCACCAGCAGCAGCAGCAGCAGCGAUCACAGUCAGACAGCAGCAGCAGUGCGGUGGAGGGGCGUGAAAAGCAAGCCGUGCGUGCUGAAUCCGUCCAGGCGCUGAUGGAGUCAGCCGUGGCGUGUCUAGUCAAUGGCUCGCACUGGGACUUCGCCCUUCGCACCUUCCUCCCCGCCUGCCUCUCCCCCUUCCACCUACCGCACACACACCCUAUUGGUCUCACCCAUCUAGCACCCACAAGACCCGACCCUGCACCAAGUAGCUGCUCUCCUGAAGUUCCCUCUUUAUUCGAUGGCUCUGAGCUGCUUUCUCCAGAACACCUGGACGCUUUAGGCCAGCCCCUAGUCCCACUAUGUGCAUGCGGCCGAGCUCUUAGUCUCCCGCCGCCCCUUACCGCAUCUCUCCUCUCCGCUUCCUCUCCUCCCUCUCCACCGUCGUCGCAGCACCGCCAACCCCAGCUCAGAGCCAUGCCACUGCCACAGACGAGAAUACUUCGUCUAUCCCACCUCCUCCAUUCAAGGACUCUAACAACUCCAAUGACUCUUAUGACUCUAAGGGUUCCAAUGAUUCCCAGUCAGCAUCGCCUCUACAAACCCUGCAGCAUGCUGUGAGGGCCACCCUGUCCGCAUCCCUCCCGUUCGUCCUCCUCUCCCCCUCAGCCUCCUCCUCCUCCAUCUCCUCCUCGCUCUCUGCCCUGCGUGCCACGGCUCUGGACCGCCUACUGCCCUCUGCUGUGGAUGCGCUGGUGCAGGGAGCAGUGCGUGCUGGCCGUGUGGCACUCACUGCAGCAACUCAUCAGCCCUGCACAUUUCCCCUCUGCUGCUGCUGCUGCUUUUUCUUCAUCUGCGUUUU